AUGAUAAAUUUAGCUACUACAGCUCCAUUGGCUGACCCUGACUACAAGCAAAAUCUCUUUUCAGAAGCUUCUAAGCCAGAUCCAAACGAGUUCCCACCUCAUCAUAGACAUAAAUAUGCUAAGCGUGCUGCCUCUGAUUGCCAAUUUCCAAAUGGUAAUGGUAUGGUUGCUGUUCAAACUAGUGGUAAGAAUGCUGGUUGGGCUAUGCAUGAUGAUCAAGAAUGUAAGCCUGGUACUUGGUGUCCAUAUGCUUGUCAACCAGGUCAACUAAUGGCACAAUGGGAUCCAAGUGCUACUUCCUACACUUACCCACAAUCACAAUAUGGUGGGUUAUAUUGUGAUAGCAAUGGUAACUUACAAAAAGGUUUCAAAGAUAAAGAUUAUUGUUAUCAAGGCAAGGGAACUGUAUCUGCUAAGAAUAGUGCGGGUAGUACAGUAGCAUUCUGCCAAACAGUAUUACCAGGUAAUGAAGAAAUGUUGAUUCCUACUGAAGUUGGUAGCGGUUCUUCACAAGUAUUGGCUGUUCCAGGUACUGAUUAUUGGGCCAGUACCGCUGCUCACUACUACGUAAACCCACCAGGUGUAAGCGCCAAUGAUGGUUGUAAAUGGGGCUCUACUUCUAAUCCUUGGGGGAAUUGGUCUCCUUAUGUUGCUGGUGCAAACAUGGAUGAUAAUCAAAAUACUUAUGUCAAGAUUGGUUGGAACCCUGUUUAUCUAGAAGCUUCGUCGCCAUUUAAUAAACAAAAACCAACCUUUGGAAUAAGAAUAACAUGUGAUGAUGAAUCUCAAUGUAAUGGGCUACCGUGCACUAUCGAUCCAUCCAAGCAAGGGGUAAACGAAGUAUCUAGUAAUCAAGCAAGUAAAGGUUCUGGAGACGCCGCCUUCUGUGUCGUAACUGCAAAAAACGGUGCAAAGGCUAAUAUUGAAGUGUUUUCAAUAUAA